GUUGGGACUGAGCCCAGGGCUGGGGUGGGGCUGGAUUCUGCCCCCAGUGGAAGUGUCCCUUUAACGGCUGCUGGCCUGGGCACCUGAUUUGCCUCCUGUUCAGCUGGGGCUGCAGCAGCUGUGCUGACUCACGCUCCCCAGCAGCCAGCAGGAGCUGAGAGCAUGGGCUCCUCAGGGGCCUGGACAGGCUGGGGGCUUCUGGAUUACAAAACUGAGAAGUAUGUGAUGACCAAGAACUGGCGGGUGGGCGCCCUGCAGAGGCUGCUGCAGCUCGGGGUCCUGGUCUACAUGGUGGGGUGGGCCCUCCUGGCCAAAAAAGGCUACCAGGAGCAGGACCUGGACCCCCAGGUUUCUGUCAUCACCAAACUCAAAGGGGUUUCCGUGACUCAGAUCAAGGAGCUGGGGAACCGGCUGUGGGACGUGGCCGACUUCGUGAAGCCCCCACAGGGAGAGAACGUGUUCUUCUUGGUGACCAAUUUCCUUGUGACGCCAGAACAAGUUCAGGGCAGAUGCCCAGAGCCCCCCUCCAUCCCACUGGCGAACUGCUGGUCUGACGAGGACUGUCCUGAAGGGGAGACGGGGACACAUAGCCACGGCCCUAUGGGGAUUGGAGGCCUGGACUUUGUCUCGUGUUUUCAAGGCAUAAAAACGGGCCAGUGUGUGAUCUUCAAUGGGACCCACAGGACCUGUGAGAUCUGGGGCUGGUGCCCUGUGGAGAGUGACACUGUGCCUGUGAAGCCCCUGCUGGUCCAGGCUGAGAACUUCACCCUGUUCAUCAAAAACACUGUCACCUUCAGCAAGUUCAACUUCUCCAAGUCCAAUGCCUUGGAGACGUGGGAUGCCACCUAUUUCAAGCGCUGCCGCUACGACCCACGCUUCAGCCCCUACUGCCCUGUGUUCCGCAUCGGGGACCUCGUGGCCAUGGCUGGAGGGGUCUUUGAGGACCUGGCAUUGCUGGGCGGUGCUAUGGGCAUCCACGUCCACUGGGAUUGUGACCUGGACGCCGUGGGCUCUGACUGCCGGCCCCACUACUCCUUCCAGCUGCAGCAGAGGAGCUACAACUUCAGGACAGCCACUCACUGGAGGGAGGCCUCAGGCGUGGAGGCCCGGAGCCUGCUCAAGCUCUACGGGAUCCGCUUCGACAUCCUCGUCACUGGGCAGGCAGGGAAGUUCGGGCUCAUCCCCACAACCAUCACUCUGGGCACUGGAGCGGCCUGGCUGGGUGUGAUCACCUUCUGCUGUGACCUGCUGCUGUUGUACGUGGAUGGAGAAGCCCAUUUCUACUGGAGCACCAAGUAUGAAGAGGCCAAGGCCCCGAAGAGGACUGUCAACCCUGAGCAGACAGGUGGCUUCCCCACCCCCACAUCCAGCUGCCCAGGUGCCUUAGAGGGGGCCCAGCACCUGCCCCCACUGCUGCUGCUGGGAGCUGGACGCUGUCAGCAGGGUGGCCCUGACACCCACUCGCUGGCCCAUUCCUGAGGCCUGUAGCCUUUCUCUGCUGGUUGGGAGUUGGGGGGUGGGAAGGGUGGAGGCCCUGCCUUGGGGAUUUGGAUGAAGCUCUAGCAGGACCAGGGCAGGGGUGGGGGGAGAAUUCCACCCUUCAGCUCCCAGACAGCCUGUCCGUCCCCAACUCCAGCCUCAGCAGGUGCUGCCUGGGGAUGACAGAAGCCAGUUUUGUGCAGAGACUGCAGGGAACAGACGCAGGGCUCUGGUCCAGUGGGUCUCCGGCUGGGGCUGGGGCUGGAGACGCUCUACCAGGCUCCGUCUCCAGCGUUCCAAGCUGCUCCCCACUCUCCAGCUGUCCACCACACUGGCUGUGGUCACCUCCGGCCCUGCCUGGCUCCCAGCCCUCCUCCCCCUGCCGCAGCCCCCUCACAGGGAAAGCCCCUGCCCUCUCAGCUGCCCCUCACUGGGGUCUGUGCAGCCAGAGUCCAAGGCCAGGGAGAGGCAGCCUGACAAAAGGAGCUGUGGCAGCUGCUGUGCUGGGUUCCUAGGGCAGGGCCCCUCCCAGCACUGGGUCUCAUCCAUGGAGUGGAGUGUGGUGGGCAGAUGCUCCAACCCCCUAGGGCCCCAGGCAAGGGCAUAGGACCCCCUUGGGCCCAUACCUGCUCAGCUGAUGAGCACCAGCCCCAUCCUGGUGGCAGCCCUGGGACUGUGGAAGGCUGGGAUGGGCGGGGGGAUGGGGGGGAGGAGCUGAGUUGGUGGGCAUGGGGUCCUUUGGGACCUUCUGUCUGUCUCCUUGGUGACACCAGCUCAACGCUCUGGAACCUGCACACCAGGCUUCCUAGGAGCCAUGGGGUGGGGAGAUUGUAUAUCUGGACACAUAUGUCUCAGCUGCCAAAGGUCAAACCUGAAAACGUGUCUGGGCACCUGCCCACCCAGCCAGAGGCACCUAUACGAGGACCACGCUCUGACCAAAACCCCAGGGGGAACCCAGGGGCUGGAGAGAAUGUCCCUAAUAGAGGACAUGGAACCCCCAGCAAGCUGGCCUGGUUCAGGCUCUGGAAUACCCCUGGGGGCCUGAGUCCUGCCUGCUGGAGAAUUUCCCCGUGUCCUGGCCCCACGGUCAGGAGGGGAGGGAUGGGGCUGCAGGAGCCAAGCCCUCUCUGGGUCCCAGGGAGGAGCAGGGUUUGGGGUACCCACCCCAUGGAGACAAGGGGCUGCCUCCUCAUGGGUCCCUGGUGAGCAGGGCCCUGCUGGCAGCUUGCUGGUGGAGCGACAUGGGACAGGCUGGGAAGGGAGGCCUGGGGCUCAGGCUGGACAGCAUCUGGAAUCAUCUGGCACCUGAAGCCUCAGCAAAGCCUUGGGGUCCCUGCUGCCUCUCACCCCAGGGCAGUGUCCAUGCGAGGUGGGUUCAGAAGGGCCAGGGUGAGAGAUCAUGGCCCUUAGGCCUGGUUAUUGGAGUGGGGUCAUGUGUCCCUGGUUGUCCUUGGGGCCCAGAGAAAGUGAUGUUGAGGCUGCAGAGAGUCGAGGAGUAAAGCUGCCAAAGCCA